GCGUUAAUGGACAGUUUGGCAAUACAUGCAAUACACCUUGUCCCGGUAACUGUUCUACGUGCAGUCGAGCAACAGGUUGUCCAUGUUACAGCUGCAAGACUUCAUUUUAUGAUACAACUAGUGCGUGUAGCAAGAAGUGCCCAGUCGGGUGUGAUAGGGGAGCCUGCUAUGAGAAUGGAACAUGUAGUCAAUGUACAGCAAACUUCGAAGGAACAAAAUGUGAGACGUGCAUACAAGGGAAAUACGGUUCCGAUUGUACACACAAUUGCACUCAUCAUAACUGCCGUUGUUCGACUGAAACUGAUUGUACUUCUUGUAAAACGGGAUUCUAUGGUAGAAGUACCUUCUGUCAAACACCUUGUUCCCCGGGAUGUCAUGAUGGUGUUUGUAAUAAUGACGGAAGUUGCAAAUGUCGAUCUGGGUUUACAGAAAGUACAUGCAGUGCAUGUCAGUCAGGAUAUUACGGGGCAUACUGCAAUGUUUCCUGUUCUGAAGGAUGUGUUAACGGAUUGUGCUCAGAUGACGGUACUUGUUCGUGUCGCCCAAACUUCAUUACAGCGAAAUGUGAUGCAUGUGCGGAUGGAAGAUACGGUGUUAACUGUGACAGGAAAUGUAGUGUAGGAUGUACCACAUCGUUAUGGGACAAAGAAAGAAGAAUUUACAU